CCUGGCUUUUAGAGAAACGGGGAAGUGAGAGGACAUAGACGUCUGGGUGAGAAGGUCCCUGUCUGGAGCCCUGAGGCCACGGGCAUGCUGAACCCUAACUUUAGGCACUGGGACAGUCGAGGGGCCCGAGAGAAGGAAGAGGACGAUGACUACGAGAACUCGGCUCCACCCUACAAGGACCUUCCUCCCAAGCCAGGGACCCAAGAGGUGGAAGAGGACGAUGACUACGAGAACUCGGCUCCAACCUACAGGGACCUUCCUCCCAAGCCAGGAACCAAGAUCGCGAUGCCCCCUGAGCCCUGGAGGCCUGCUAAGAGCGUAGACCUGAAGCUCGGCCCGGUCACCUGGUCAUCUCCUCGGCCUGGUGCACAUCUGGACCAGCCUCCGGCACUGCCACCGCACCCUCCUCCCCCAGCACCCUGGAUGGGCCCCAGGAGCAAGACCGCGGGCUGCCUGCGGCUCCGGAGGCUGGUGAUGCUCCUGUCCCUGCUGCUGUCGCUCUCCGUAGCACUGGGGGUCGCUGCGCUGCUGGUGGCCGUGAUACAGUACCAGGAGCUCGGGAAGGAGCUGAGGGACCUGGCCCUGCAGCAGGCGGCCUGGCAGGCAAACGUGACAGGCCCAGGCGGACUGUCCAGCCUGAGGAAGGACAUUGACCGGAUCCGAGCCAGCACCAACCAGUCCCUGAUGGAGCUUCGCACCUUACUGGAAAGGGUGAAGUGCCCCAAGGACUGGCUUCCCUUCCAAGGAGAGUGCUACUAUUUCUCCCCGAACACCAUGUCCUGGGACGCAGCCCAGGGGUUCUGCCAGAAGCACUUCUCACACUUGGUCAUCAUCAGCAGCCUCGCCGAGCGGAAUUUCAUCACCCAGAUCACCCGCAUCAAGAACACCCAGGGGCACGUGUACUGGCUGGGCCUGACGGACAGGAUGCAGGAGGGGAUCUGGCGGUGGCUGGACGGCUCCCUGCUGACAGAAACACUGAGCUUUUGGGACUCCCACGAGCCCAACGACAGCAAUAGCAAGGAGGACUGUGGGAGCAUGGAUCGCUUCGGGCGGUGGAACGACCUGCCGUGCGAAACCACCAUCUACUGGAUCUGUGAGCGCCUGUGCCCCUGCAGCUGA